CUUUGAGUUCAACGGUAUUACAAAUUUGUUAUUUUGUGUUUCGUAAAUUACAUUAGCUUCAAAAUGUGUGACUUUUGAGCAGUUUUUAUGGUUAAAUGUCCGAACUAAUCUGAAAUCAUGGGCAGCAAUACGGAAUCAACUUCAAACAGCAUCAAAUUUGCUCCAAUGCCUAUGUCGGCACUGUUGGCCAAUUUGAUGCCUUUACAAAAGACAGAUAGUCCUGACGCGAGUUUUGCUUCUGACGAUGAGAGUGAUAGCUCCUGUGGUGAAACCGUAGCGAAGAAACCAACACAGAAAAACCUUUGUAAAGAAUUCCGAACACCAAAUAUAAAAUCAUCUAAGUUUGAAGAUAUUAAAGCUUUCGCAUCGGAAAAGAAAGUUCCCGUUGAUCACAACAAAGAGAAUGUGCAUGAGGACUGGAUUUCCAAUCGGACUUACCCAAACAAAGACAAUCAUAGUGUUAAAAGUGCGCAGAAAAGUGCUACCAAUGAUGUGUACCCAAGUGUAGAUAAUAUGAAGCGCAGUGUACUCAUGCCGCACAAUAACAACUUAAAGGUUCCCCCAGUAAUGAAAAUUAAUUCGGCACAUAAGAAAACACCUGACAUAAUAAAGGCACCAAACAGUGUACAAAAAACAAAAACUGCUACACCCAAAAUAAAGUCGGGCAUCCGGAAAUUCACUCCAGGAUCGGGGAGAUUAAGUCAUAAGAAAACUCCACAACAAGGUCUCGUUCACAACAGAGAUAAAGUGAGAUGUGAGUUGUUUACACAGAAUCCACCAAAGGAGGAGCCGUGUCCACCUCCGAGACAGGAGAUGGUGCCAGUGCCGGUACCAGAGACACCAAUAAACCGUAAACAAAUGCCUGCUUCAUAUGUUGCCACACCAUCAUAUCCACAAGGAGUUAUGGGCAAUAAUUCUAAAGUACUAUUUAAGACCACUAGUAUAAAAGACAAAAAGUACAUGUUUAUAAAGAAACUGGGCACUGGUGGGUCCAGUGAAGUGUACAAGGUACUCGAAGUGGGCACAUCUUGUGAGUAUGCAGUGAAGUGUGUGUACCUGGCCACUGACCAGGACCUGGCGCAGGGCUACAUCAACGAGGUGCGGCUCCUGCGCGAAUUACAGAACUCGGACAGGGUCAUACGAUUAUAUGAUUAUGAAUAUGACCGCACCAAUCAGUUCUUGCGAAUGGUGCUGGAGGUAGGCGAAACGGACUUGUCGUCGUUCCUGAAGGCGCGCGGCACCGGGUUGCCGCCCGCCCUCGUACUGCACUACUGGGAGGAGAUGCUGCACGCCGUACACUACAUCCAUGAACAUGGCGUCAUUCACGCUGACUUGAAGCCAGCUAAUUUCCUCUUGGUGUGCGGGCGGCUUAAGCUAAUCGACUUUGGGAUCGCAUCGGCCAUCAGCGGUGAUGCGACGAGUGUGGUGCGCUCACAGGCCACCGGCACGUACUCCUACAUCAGCCCUGAGGCGCUAAUGGGCGGCGCAGGCGGAUACGGAGUCUCUACUGGUGAUGGAAAUGCACCUAUUAAGAUCUCGUUCCGGUCGGAUGUGUGGUCGUUGGGCUGCAUCCUGUACAGCAUGAUUUAUGGGCGCACGCCUUUCGGCCAUAUUCCUAACCUCGCGAAACUCGCUGCCAUUCUCGACCCCAAUCAUAGGAUCGACUAUCCGCCCGUUGAACACCUCCCUCCAUCACUGGUUGCGGCGCUGAAAUGGUGCCUGACGUACAACGCGCGGGCGCGGCCCUCAGUUCGCGAGUUACUGCGGUUGCCGUACUUGCAGCCUGCCACCGGACGGUCGCCGCUGCCGUCCGCGCUUCUAGACAAACUACAGCCGCAUGUUACACCACAGGAGUACCGACUACUGCAGAGGGCGCAACUGUAACGGUUACUAAGUUGUGAAUGUUUGAAAACAUGGGUCUGUAAAUUGAAAGUUAAAUUUCAUGUUGUGGCCCGCAUUGCAAUGUCUACGAUAAAAAUAAUUCAUUCCAAACACGGGUUUGUCGAUAGAGUUCAAUUCCAUUACUUAUUAACCAAUUAAAAAAUCAAUAUAAAUGUUUUAAAAUUAUUAUAACAUGUAUAUUCGUAUUUUUUGGAAUGAAAGUACUUUUUAAACUGAUCUGUCGGUGAAGGCUAUGAGAGUAAAAAAUGAUUUGAUAACUAUCCAUGAUUAAUAUGAAUUAUAGCAAUAUGUCAUGUACAUAAUCUUUGAUUAUGCCAAAGUCUUACAGUCUGAAUUUAUACUGUAAAUAUGUAUAAAAUAUCAUUUAUUUAAAAAUAGGGAUGUGACACAAAUGUUGUUAUAAUAAUUUCAGUACACUAAUAGUUUCGGUACGCUAUAGCUUAAUAUAUUAAAAUUAAAUUUGAAACUUUCAAAUAUAAUAACAUUGCUUGCCUUUACUUCCGCUAACAACAUAAAACAACCACCAACCAUGAAUAGUAGAAUUAUGUAACUAAUUUUAUAUUGAUGUACAAUAAUUAUUAAAUUAAGUAUAUGAAUUGAUGAAAUAACUAUUUCAUAAUUUUAUCUGUAUUCAGAUCUCCAGCUCUACUCGGGAGUCUCAUCUCAAUACCGAUUCUAACUCAAUUCAGUUUUAUAUAUAUUAAAAGAAUUCGAAAAUAAACAGAAUUAAUCAUUUACACUGUCGAUUUACAACGAAAUCGGAACCAAAUAUGGUGCAACAGAUUUCAAUCUCAAUUGAUCGGAAUUGGUCUUAAGAGUAGAUUCUAGAGAUUCUUUAUGGUCAAGAUAUGAUAUGAUAUAUGGCAGUAGAACCAUAUGCCGCCUUCGUUAUUUUUUUAGUUACCUCCAAAAUAUGAACAAUCGUCUAUUUUAAACUCUUCCGCACACAGAAUGUGGCAUGCCUGUCUACCGGCAAUAUAAUGAUAUCAUAAUACGAUACAAAAUGUUUAUGAUCUGUAUUUCACUAUUUAUUGUCUUGGUUGGAUAUUGGCACAUAAGUGAUACAUGUAUAUUUUGAUUUUAGAUUAAUAGAUAUACAAUAAAUAUUAAUAAAUAAGCUAAUCAAAUAUGUAAUGAAUAUAUUAAUAAAAUAAU